AUGUCGAGAUUUUUUGUUUUUGAUACAGAUUCAUUGGUAUCCGCAAAGACGCAUCUUCCAACAAUUGAGCGGAUUCAUGCCGCUUUACCGAAGAUCACUGCAUCAGGCGAACGUCUACAGAUGAUUGUAUGCUCAGCAACUUUGCACAAUUUCGAUGUGAAAAAAUUGGCGGAUCGUAUGAUGCAUUUCCCGCAGUGGGUUGAUUUGAAGGGACAGGAUACAGUGCCGGAUACAGUUCAUCAUGUUGUUUGCAUGGUGGAUGCGAAAAACGAUAAAAUGUGGAUCCGAAUUAAACCGCAAGAUCGAAUUCAG